GGUGGCGACGCAGCACCGGGCGAGCGGCACCCCGUGUGCCCCCCGCCGAGCAUCCCCCCGAGCCGCGUCGAGGUGAUCCGGGCAGGCAGCGGGGCAUGGAGGCGGCCCACAGCCUCCCGGUGCUCGAGGUCCUCCGCCGCUUCGGCGUGAGCGAGAGCUGCGGACUCAGCCCGGAACAGGUCCGGCGGAACCGGGAGAAGUACGGUCCCAAUGAGCUCCCUGCAGAAGAAGGAAAGUCCCUCUGGGAGUUGGUGCUGGAGCAGUUUGAAGAUCUGCUGGUCCGCAUCCUGUUGAUAGCAGCCUUUCUGUCAUUCAUCCUGGCCUGGUUUGAAGAAGGAGAGGAGACCGUGACGGCAUUCGUGGAGCCCAUCGUCAUCAUCCUCAUCCUCAUCGCCAACGCCGUGGUGGGCGUGUGGCAGGAGAGGAACGCGGAGAGCGCCAUCGAGGCGCUGAAGGAGUACGAGCCCGAGAUGGGCAAAGUGAUCCGCGGCGACCGCAGCGGCCUGCAGCGCGUCCGCGCCAGGGACAUCGUCCCCGGAGACAUCGUGGAGGUGGCAGUUGGUGACAAGGUGCCAGCAGACAUCCGGAUCAUCGAGAUCCGCUCCACCACGCUACGUGUCGACCAGUCCAUCCUCACCGGGGAGUCUGUGUCGGUGAUCAAACACGCUGACCCCGUCCCUGACCCCCGGGCUGUCAACCAGGACAAGAAGAACAUGCUCUUCUCUGGCACCAACAUCGCCGCCGGGCGGGCGGUGGGGGUGGUGGUUGCCACGGGAGUGUACACCGAGAUCGGCAAGAUCCGCACGCAGAUGGUGGAGACGGAGCCCGAGAAGACUCCCUUGCAGCAGAAGCUGGACGAGUUCAGCCAGCAGCUCUCCAAGGUCAUCUUCCUGGUGUGCGUCGCCGUCUGGGUCAUCAACGUCAGCCACUUCAGCGACCCCGUGCACGGCGGCUCCUGGUUCCGGGGGGCCAUCUACUACUUCAAGAUCUCGGUGGCGCUGGCGGUGGCUGCCAUCCCCGAGGGGCUGCCGGCCGUCAUCACCACCUGCCUGGCACUGGGCACGCGCCGCAUGGCCAAGAAGAAUGCCAUCGUCCGCAGCCUGCCCUCCGUCGAGACCCUGGGCUGCACCUCGGUCAUCUGCUCUGACAAGACCGGCACCCUCACCACCAACCAGAUGUCCGUCUGCAGGAUGUUCAUCAUGGAGAAGGUGGAAGGUGACCAGUGCAGCUUGCACGAGUUCAGCAUCACUGGAUCCACCUAUGCCCCCGAGGGACAGAUCCUGAAGGACGAGCAGCCGGUGCGGUGUGGGCAGUACGAUGGGCUGGUGGAGCUGGCCACCAUCUGUGCCCUCUGCAACGACUCCUCCCUGGACUACAACGAGUCCAAAAAAGUCUAUGAGAAGGUGGGAGAAGCCACAGAGACAGCCCUGACCUGCCUGGUGGAGAAGAUGAACGUCUUCAACACCGACACCAGCCAGCUCAGCAAGGUGGAGAGGGCCAACGCCUGCAACACGGUGAUCAAGCAGCUGAUGAGGAAGGAGUGCACGCUGGAGUUCUCCCGCGACCGCAAGUCCAUGUCCGUGUACUGCACCCCCACCGGGCCCAGCCACAGCGCCACCGGCAGCAAGAUGUUCGUCAAGGGCGCCCCAGAGAGCGUGAUUGAGCGCUGCACCCACGUCCGCGUGGGCACUGCCAAGGUGCCGCUGACGGCGGCGGUGCGGGAGAAGAUCCUGGGCAGGAUCCGGGACUGGGGCAUGGGCAUCGAUACCCUGCGCUGCCUGGCACUGGCCACCCACGACUCGCCUGCCCACAGGGACACCCUGCAGCUGCACGACUCUGCUGCCUUCAUCCGCUACGAGAACAACCUGACCUUCGUGGGCUGCGUGGGGAUGCUGGACCCCCCGCGCCGGGAGGUGGCCUCGUCGGUGGCGAUGUGCCGCAAGGCCGGCAUCCGCGUCAUCAUGAUCACCGGCGACAACAAGGGCACGGCCGUGGCCAUCUGCCGCCGCGUCGGCAUCUUCUCGGAGGCCGAGGAUGUGGCGGGCAAGGCCUACACGGGCCGGGAGUUUGACGAGCUGCCCCCCGAGGCGCAGCGCCAGGCCUGCCGCCGUGCCCGCUGCUUUGCCCGCGUGGAGCCCGCGCACAAGUCGCGCAUCGUCGAGUACCUGCAGUCCUUCCACGAGAUCACCGCCAUGACAGGCGACGGCGUCAACGAUGCCCCGGCCCUGAAGAAGGCUGAGAUCGGCAUCGCCAUGGGGUCGGGCACGGCCGUGGCCAAGUCUGCCGCCGAGAUGGUGCUCUCUGACGACAACUUCUCCACCAUCGUGUCGGCCGUGGAGGAGGGCAGGGCCAUCUACAGCAACAUGAAGCAGUUCAUUCGCUACCUCAUCUCCUCCAACGUCGGGGAGGUCGUCUGCAUCUUCCUGACAGCAAUCCUGGGCUUGCCUGAGGCCCUCAUCCCUGUGCAGCUGCUGUGGGUGAACCUGGUGACAGAUGGGCUGCCAGCCACCGCGCUGGGCUUCAACCCCCCGGACCUGGACAUCAUGGACAAGCUGCCCCGCAACCCGCGGGAGCCCCUCAUCAGCGGAUGGCUCUUCUUCCGCUACCUGGCCAUCGGCGUGUACGUGGGCCUGGCCACAGUGGGCGCAGCGACCUGGUGGUUCUUGUAUGACGGCGAUGGACCACAGGUCUCCUUCCAUCAGCUGAGGAACUUCAUGAGGUGCACCGAGGACAACCCCAUCUUUGAGGGGGUGGACUGCGAGAUCUUCGAGUCGCGGUACCCCACCACGAUGGCUCUGUCUGUGCUGGUGACCAUCGAGAUGUGCAACGCUCUCAACAGCGUCUCUGAGAACCAGUCGCUGCUGCGGAUGCCGCCGUGGCUCAACGUCUGGCUGCUGGGGGCCAUCAUCGUGUCCAUGGCUCUGCACUUCCUCAUCCUCUACGUCAAGCCCAUGCCUCUCAUCUUCCAGGUAACACCUCUGAGCUGGCCACAGUGGGUGGUUGUAAUGAAGAUCUCCCUGCCUGUUAUCCUGCUGGAUGAAGGACUGAAGUACCUAUCCCGCAACCAUCUGGAUGGAGAAGAGGACAAGAAGUGAAGGGCCCUGAGGAGCUGCUGCUGCCAGGCUGCGCCCUGGCGACUCGCCCUGGAGCCUUGCAUGCUGCCCAUGCAGCGGCGCAGGACAUGCAUGUGUCCCACCAGCAGAGCCAGGGCACCUCGCCCACAAGGACAACCCUGAUCUUGUUUUGUUUUGUAGCUUUCUUCUUCCUGUACAUGAGCAGUGCAAUCUGGAGAGCUGGCAGAGGCCUGGGGCACAGCUCUGGGUGCCUGGCUCCUGGCCAUGCUGUUCCCUGGGCAUCUCUUCCUGCCAAAUUUCAGCCCUCUGUGCAGUUUUCACCCUGCCUGGGUGAGCUCUGGCAGGGUGUCCUCCUGGGACACCAUGGCAAAGAGCUGGGAUUUGGGUGAUUGCCUGAGUGCAGGCAGGAGGCUGCAUCCCACAGCAGGGUGGGAUGGAGCUCCUGGGGCUGGGCAGGGCUUGGUGGUGGGUGAGGGCAGGGGAGGGAGGUGAAGGGGCCGUGGGUUGGGGUUGCUGACCCUCAAUGAUGCCCCUGGGCACAUGGCUGUGGCUACUGUGCUGGGUGGCCACAGUGUCUGUGGCAGCUGCAGACACCUGCCCAGGGUGAGCAGCGGUGGUGUGGGCUGUGCUGAGAGGUGUUUGUUGAGGCUGGGUGAGUGUGGUGGAAGGUGAAGCUCUCCUUAUUUAUCACACUGUCCUCUGUGGUCCCUGUGUUGUGGAAAGCCCCACACUUGCUCAGGCUCCUCCAACACCAAAGCAUGACUUAGUCUUCUCUGUUCUCUGUCUGCUGUCUUCUUGGAUCCCUUCUGCACUAUUUAAGCUGUAGCCCUCUUCCUUGUUGGGGCAACCAUUUAAGCAGAGCAUGGCAGUGACCAUUCCUCGUGGCUCCUGCUCCCUCCUAGUCACACUUCGAUCCCUCAGCUGAUCUUUAACUAGCAAGAGUAGAGCUUAAGUCAGUCCUUAGGAGCAUGUCCAUGAGUUGAUGUCUUCUGCUUUGGAGGACACCGCUGUCUUGCACAGGGCAUCCUUGUGAUCCACCUCUGAGAUGGGCAUGGAUGUAUGCUGGCACCAGAUGUUGUCCUCUCCGUCAGCAGUGUCUGUCACGGCCUCCCUUUGUGUAUGGCACCAAACCUUUUGGGAUUUUUCCACAGCAGAGGUGCCCCAGGCUGCAGGGAGUUUGUGGUUGGAUUUUGGGAUCCAGUCCAUUGAUCUUUCUCCAGCCCUCCAAAUCCUCCCUCCUGUUUCCCUCGCAUUCCCCUGUGAUCCAUCCUGGUGACACUGACUUAGCCAGACUCAAUGUCCUUCCUUUCUCUUAAAUUCCAGCCAGUAGAGCCAGGGGGUUGAGCACUUUGCUCCUUUUCUGUUGGGUGUUGUCUUCUACGUCUUUGCCUCUUCGAAGCUUCCAAUGCUUUUGUUUCUCCUGGGCCAGAGCCACUCUUCCUGUGUACCACAGGUGCCAGAUGCCAUCCCUCCUUGGUUUUUCCCAUCACCAGCACUGAAGAUGAGCAGAGCCCCCAGAGCCAUGGGAAUGUACAGAGUUGUUAUACUACUGAGCUGAUGUGCCUGUACAGACAGCCCCUGCAUGAGAUGUUGUUGCUGUAUUUAAUAUCUAAUUAUUCCAGGAAUUUUCAUAUGGAGCUCUUUCCAAAAGACCUUUCCAGAUACUCUGUGGUUAGAGGAUUGUUGCUGAUUCUAUUGGGGGUUUUAAUUUUGGGACCCUUGGUCUUGCAGAUGUUUUAUCUCUCAAAGGUGUUCAUGGAUUUCAUUGAUCCCAUGGGACACACAGUUCCUCUUUAAAGAUUUCUGCCAUGGAUGAGACUCACCCUGGUGCAGAGGACCAUGGUAUGACCCAGGUACUGCUUCAGCCUUCAAAGGAAGGCUUCACUUAAUGCUGUAGAUGGGGGAGCUGCCCUUCCCCCAAAGGGUGGAUUUCACCUUAUUGUAGUACAGAGCAUCUCCAGCUCUCUGGGCAGGGAAAGAAGCAGUGGGCAUUUAACCCAGUACCACCAGCUGGGUGACUUCAGGGAAGAUUGCUUCUGUGUUUUCCUGAGGCUGAAAACCAGUUUGGAAGAGGCUGGACCAUAUUCAGAGCAUCCCAGCUCUGUUCAUAGGCUCCAGCAGAGCUUUCAGCUGCAGAGGGACUUUCCAUGAGGGUGUCUAGAGACCAGCCAAGGGAGAUUGGUUUGGAGCUGAGGCAGAGCAAGAUUAGACUGGAGCUGAGGACGAAGUUCUUCAGUAGGAGGGUGGUGAGACUCUGGAACAGGCUCUCCAGGGAGGCUGUUGAAUACCUCCCUGGAGGUAUUCAAGGCCAGGCUGGGUGAGGCCUUGAGCAGCCAAGUGCAGUUGAGAGAUGCCCCUGGCCAUGGCAGGGGGUUGGAGUAGGUGAUUUCUGAGGUCCCUUGCAACCUGAGCUGUUCUGUGAUGCUGUGGUGGCCUUGGUCCAUUGUGCCUGUGGGGACCUGUGUGCCCACCCACUCCACAUUGCAGACCCCCAGUCACACUGCUCUCCCUGGGCAGAGGAUCUGGUGUAGAUUGAUUUUAUCUAAACAGAGAAUCAGAGAAUCAUUAAGGUUGGAAAUGACCUCUGAGAUCAUCCACUCCACCCACCAACCCAGCACCACCAUGGCCACCAAACCAUGGCCCCAAGUGCCAUGGUCACAGCUUUCUUGAGCACCUGCAGGGAUGGGGACUCCACCUGGGCAGCCUGGGCCAAGGCCUGAUGAUCUGUAGGUGUGUGGAGGAGUUUCUGGUGUAAAGGUCCCACAGAUGAGCACAGAUGCUGGAUGGGAGUCUCUGUAAGGAGACCUGAAAGGAAAAACAAAACCCCAAGGGUUGAGGAAGCCACCAAACUUUAACUGGCCUUUAAAUUCCUGCUGGUGAUUUUUGCUCAGUCCCACCUGGCAGCAGAGAGGUGGAGCUGGUGGAACCAAGCAUCCUUCUGACCUCACCAGCAGAAUGACAGUUUGAGGAGGUGCUGAGCUAGAGAUGCCAAGCUGCUGGCAAGGGAGGUGCCACAAGCUGUGCUACCAGUCAAGCAGUGAGUUACCAACCCCCAGGUGAUCAUGGACAGAAGCUGGAGCUGUGUCCCCACCGAAGGCUUCUUCCUUCCAGCAGC